AUGGUGGCGAGGCAAAGGGAGCGCAACGACGAGGCGAGGGGAGGCUCGGUGGAGCAGGAAGAGAGGAUCAGCAGUAGGAUCGAACGAGGCGUUCCAGUACUAGUGCUGCCGGUACAGCAGCUUCUCCUGCCAGGAGUGGAUCACAUCCGUUGGGAGGGGCUGCAGUUUCAGGCUCCAGAUACGGGUGGCUCGCCUUCUCCUUCUGCAUCUACGGCGGCCGGAGUCUACUGCCUCACAAGCUAUGGAGACGUCCACGUGCUGCUCCUACCAGAGCGCCGCCGCAGGGCCGACAACCCAUCAUCGCUGCCGGCGAUACGACCUUCACUCUCGGGUCCGGCGAACCAUGCUGAAUUUGCUAGGUGGCCGAUGAAACAACAGCAUGAUUUCAUUCGUAGGAGAUCUUUGGGGCCAGACCUGAAUGCCGCGGCCAAGGUCCAGGCCCGCCCGUUUGCUCCUGCAACCAGUUUCGCCCCGCCAUACAACACGGUCUCUGCUUUCGCUGGUGCCAAGAAUCUGGUGUUCUGCGAGGGUAACCUGUACCAGAUAUGGAGGAACUCGAGCUGCACGGUUACUGUUCGGCUGCCAGAAGGCGGCCGUCGUCGUGUAGCAGAGAAUGAAGUGUUUGUUUUUAGGUGUUUUCCGCAGCGCCAACCAUGCUGGGACGCUGUGACCGACUUGGGGGGCUACUCGGUGUUUCUCGGGAGGAACAACGCGGUGUCCAUGCCCCCUGCUGAAGGUGUUCCGGGGUUCAAGGGUAACUGUGUCUACUGGAUCGGCGGGAGGGGUAGGGAUCAGGGCAUGGUCUUUGACAUGGCAACCGGGAGGUCUACACCUUGCCUUCCCGCCGCUGCUGCUGCUGCUGCUGGGGUCGCUCCGCAAAGCACAGUUUGUUGGUACUUUGUCAAUGACAUGGUGAAUAACUGCAACAAUGUUAAUGGAGGCAAAUGAGUUUAUCAGACCUGUGCGGGGAGU